UUUUUGUUUUACAACUUCACAAUCACCUAGUUGGCAACCUUGGCUGUCAAAUAAAAGCUACUAGUAAGCAAAUUCUAAUCAAGACAGUGACUGUCAAAUCGAGGAGAUUUUGAGAAAUAAAAUGAAUUCCCAGUUCACCAAAAAAGCAACACCAGAGCCAACAACAACACCUCCUACAGCUAUUGAACUAAAGACGACUAUCUUCAAACUGGCGGGUCCAAAAUCAAAGUCUGCGACAUCGGUGGCGAAGCAGCAGAACCGUCGUCGCCGCAACGAUGUGCCACCACCACCAGCGGCAAAUAACUCGAAAGUCGGCAACAACAUCGGAGGAUCCAAUUCCGGGGGUUCCAAUUCCGGAGGAGGCGGUAAUGCCGGAGUAGUUUCCAAUAAGCAGGGCAACAAGGAGUCCUGCCAGUUUGUUGCAGUGCGACGCAAACCACUGGGCGAGUACAUGGUGCUCGAGGCUCCACCCACUUCCAGUCGCCCAUCUACAUCCGAUUCGCUUUCGUCCGUGAUCUCUCCUCCGAUGAGUUAUGCCGCCGCCGUGGAAAUGCAACCGGAGACAACGCUCAAGAUCAAGGUGGUGCUAUCGCCGCGUCUCAAGCGGGCCAGCAAUCAGCAGCCCGUGAAGCGUCCGAGUCCCAGGAAGUUAUCCGAGAACAAACCGAAACCGAUCCUGCCGGCGCAGACCAAACCACCAUUGGUUCAUGCGAGUCCCAAGCGGAAAGUGGCACCACAACCACGCGUUGCCCAGGUGAAUCCGAAGCCAGUCAACUUAACGCCAACGAGCGGCAGCAAGAAGUCCCGGGCCAAGAGAUCCAAGAAGGCCAAGCAGAAGCAGCGGGCAGAGGCUGCUGCCAAAGGGCCGCAGCAAGUGCCACCGCCGAAACCCACCGAAGAUCUUCACCAGAACGAUGAUGAACCCAAGUUCUCAGACGCCUAUGUCUACCUGAAUCACCACCACGAGCAGAUGAAGCGCAUCCUGGCCGAGCAGACGGCUGGACAGGAGCCUCUACUUCCGAAACGUGGCCAUGUGAAGCCCGGUCAACACAGCGUCCAGCUGCCGACCCAUCGAUCCCUCUUCGAUUUCGAUGAACGGCUCUUCAAGCGCGGCGAUCUGGAGGCCGCCGCUCUGUUGGCCCAAAAUAAGGCCAUGUUGCGCAAGUGGCUGAACCCCAGCCUACUGAUCUCCUAGGCCCCUCUACAAAUUCUAUCAGUUUCUCAUUUAUGUGUUUCAAGUAAAUAUGUUUAAUCAAAAUUCAGCGCUGUCAGUCAAAGCGACUUCAAAUUUUCAGCCCAUGGGAGAUUAAACAUUAUUCCGGUUAUAAUCGCCAAUAAAUAGUUGUUUAAUAAAAAACAAAA